ACACGGUGGUGGUGACGGCGGCUCCGUGUCGCCGGAGCCGGAGCGCGCAGGCCCGUCCUGGCGGUUGGGGGGCGGGGGGGGGGGGGCCGGCGAGGGCGCCAUGUGGUUCAUGUACGUGCUGAGCUGGCUGUCGCUCUUCAUCCAGGUGGCCUUCAUCACGCUGGCCGUCGCGGCGGGACUUUAUUACCUGGCAGAAUUGAUAGAAGAAUACACAGUGGCCACCAGCAGGAUCAUAAAAUACAUGAUCUGGUUCUCCACAGCUGUGCUGAUUGGCCUCUACGUUUUUGAGUGCUUCCCCACCUACAUGAUUGGCGUGGGCCUCUUCACCAACCUUGUCUACUUUGGCCUCCUCCAGACCUUCCCCUUCAUCAUGCUGACCUCGCCUAACUUCAUCCUGUCGUGCGGGCUAGUGGUGGUGAACCAUUACCUAGCGUUUCAGUUUUUUGCAGAGGAGUAUUAUCCUUUCUCAGAGGUCCUGGCCUAUUUCACUUUCUGUCUGUGGAUAAUCCCGUUUGCGUUCUUUGUGUCACUGUCGGCUGGGGAGAACGUCCUGCCCUCCACCGUGCAGCCCGGAGAUGACGUGGUCUCCAAUUACUUCACCAAAGGCAAGCGGGGCAAACGCUUAGGGAUCCUGGUUGUCUUCUCCUUCAUCAAAGAGGCCAUUCUACCCAGUCGGCAGAAGAUAUACUGACCUUCUGGGGAGGGGAUGCUGGGGCAAGAUCAGGAGAGUGAGGCCCCUGGGCCUCUGCACCAGGUGGGGUUGGGAGCUGGAAGGCACCUUCCCCCAGCCUUGGCCCUCUUUCCCUCAACUCCCCCAGAAACCCCAAUCCCCACCCUCCUCAGGAGGCUCAGCUUGGCCCAGAUCUGAUGCUGCCAGAGGCUGAGACCUCAAAGGGUACCAGGGAGGAUGCGGUGCCUGCUUAGCCAGGAGGCCGCAGUCCACCUGGGUGUGCAGAGAAGCUGAGCUCCUGUGGCCCUCCCACCCACUCCUGUGAUGGGUCAGGGGUUCUGGCUCAGCCAGAGCAGAAAGGGCAUGGGCCGUGAAGCUGCAGAGCAGACAGUGAUAAUUGCUGUGGGCAGAUGACCAUGGGGAGGGGCCAUGGCUUAGCACUUGCAAGAAGAAGUUUUUGCUGUUGAACUGUGAUUUCUGUCCAAGUGCUGAUUCAUGUUUGAAUAAAGAUUCUAGGUGGCGCUGUUUGCCUUAAUACCCUGAAAGUUCAUCCUGCUUUCUUCCUGCUGACCCUCCGCCUGGACUGGCUUUUCUGCACCAGGGGCUCCUUUUCUGCAUUUGGGUCUUGCCCUUCUGAAGGGACUGUUCCUGUGGCUCUUAGUGGGAAGGGGACAGAGAUAAGGAGCUGAAUCCGGUGGGGGGGUGGGGAUGGGGGGUGGAGGCAGCCUUUCUUAAUCCCCCUCUCUCUUCUUCCAUCUCUUUCCAAGGCUCCAUGACUGUCAUGCUAGGGGUAGAGAGGGGAUAGUGUGGGACUGGGUUAGAUUUUUCAGGAGAAUAUGUACAAUAUCCUAUUUAUAAGUCUUCCCCUAGGGAAGAGGAGUGGUUUCUGGCUGAAUUCUAUCUCAGGCUUGAGGAGAAACAGAAUAAAAAUGGGCUUCCAGGCAGCCUGGACUAUAGCCUGUUUUGUAAGCAACGGGGCUGGUGGGAGAAGCUGUCUGUCACUCUAAGAGCACGCAAGGGCUGGCCCUGUCUUCUCAGUGGUCUUGGCUCCUUGGGAGGUGAUCCGUCUUCUGAGAAGGCAGGCCUGGUCCUGGGCACAGGCCAGCGUUUGUUGACCUUGCAUUCCAGCUGCAGUGCCUUGCAGGUACUCAGCAGUACAUCUGGGAAUGAAGUCCCCACAAGAGCCAUUGCCGGCCAUGUCUUAUACCUCAGAGCAAAGCAGUCCGGUGCAGAGAUGGACCACACACACGCGGUACCUUUCAGCCACUGGGAAGACCUCUGUGCUUGAAAUUCUUAUCUCUACAUCCUGCCUCAGGUCCCACCAUAGCCCUUCAUUUCCUUGGGUUUAGCAUUCCUGUUCUCUUAAAAAUACCAGCCUUCCCUUUUCCUGGGGAGGAGCAGCACAUUUUGGCCUUCUGUCAGUGACACUGAGAUUGCCAGGCCCUCCUGUCCUAUGCAGACAAGGCAGGACAAGGCAGAGGACACUGGAGGCCAGUGUCCUGACUGCUGGCCAGCAGCUGGCCUUGUGCUCCCUUGCUAUCCAUUUGUUUGUUUCUCACCCCAGGGGUGCUUUGCCCUCCAUUCACUCCACUGCCGGUGUUCUGGGGGUUGCCAGUGGCCUUGUGUUCAGUCCAGUGGACCCUCUUCAUAUCUCCGCUUUCUGGACCUCUGCAGCAUCGGGCAGGGCUCAUCAUCCCCAGCUUCCCGAGCACUUCUGUGGCUGGUUCUGCCUCUCUGGCUGCUCCUUUUCAGGUCCUGUGCAGGCUCCUCCACUCUCCCCAUGCACAUGGGGUUUCUCAGGGUUCUGUCGUGGGUUCCCUGGAGGAGCCCAUUCACGCUGAUGGCUUCAAGGAGUUGAGAGCUGACCUCCAGUCCCAGCAUCCCUCUUGGUCCUCUGAACCACAGUCCUGCUGCCGUUGGGCACACAGACAACUCUCAUGGCCCAGAUAGCACUUGCUGCUGUCCUCUGCAAAUCUGCCUUUUGUGGGUACCUGCCUUGGCCCCAAGAUCACUCAGGAGCCCGACCAGAAACCUGCUUUCUCUUUCUGCCCCGCAUCCAGUCUCUAACAACUGUCAAGUUUACUUUCUUAACAUCUCUUGAUUUGAGCCACUCCCACUAUCAUCAGUUUUCACCUGGAUUAUUGUGACAGCCUCCUGCUUCUCUAUCCACAGCUAGAGUUGUCUUUCUAAUGCAUAGUUGAUUCAGGCACUCCCUGGCUUACAGCUUUCCAUGACUCCCCACUGUCCUCAGGAUAAAGUCCAGACCCCUUAGCAUAGCUUGUGAGAUGUGGUGUCCUGGUUCCUGCUCGCCUCUCUAGCCUCAUCACUUGCCACCUUGCACUCUGAUGUUCAGCCUCCAGUAUCCAGAGAUGCCACUUUGAUUCCCCUUUCUUCUACUCACUUGGGUACCUUCUCUGUCAGUUCUCAACUUAGAUUUCACUUCCUCCAAGGAACUUUGAAUGUCCCCUCUCCCUCCAGCAUACCACACAGAUCACUCUGGGCUUGCUUACCUGCGUGCUGGUUUGUCUCCCCACUAGACUGUAAGCUCCUUGAGGGCAGGGAUUGUCCUUCAAUUUUUGUAUCAACAGUGCCUGGCUUGGCACCUGGCACGUAGAAAGUACUCAAUAAAUGUUUGUUUAAUGAAUGA